CUUUGGUGUGACUGGAUGAAGUUUGGAGAGGCGGGACGGCAGGAUGAUUCCCGCAAGCCGACUGGGCAAUCCCUAAGUGGGUGGGUCCAGAGGUGUCAAAUGUACGAUCUUAUUGGCCUGGCUGGCUGGGAGGUGGGGCGAGGCCUGUGGUGCGGAAAAAAACCCGAGAGGUGUCUGGAGAGCCAGAGCUGCACAGGAGCUGCCCGGGGCCACAGGAUGGAGGAAGGUGAGGAUCCAGGAAGCUUCAUUAAAGUGGUCCACUUGCUGGUCUUGUCUGGUGCCUGGGGCAUGCAGAUGUGGGUGACCUUUGCCUCAGGUUUCGUGCUCUUCCGGAGCCUCCCUCGGCAUACCUUCGGGCUGGUACAGAGCAAGCUCUUCCCCGUCUACUUCCACGUCUCCUUGGGCUGUGCCCUCAUCAAUCUCUGCAUCUUGGCUCCACAGCGAGCCUGGAUCCACCUCUCACUCUGGGAGGCCAGUCAGGAUUCCACUCUUUCCCGUCAGGAUUCCAGGCCUCCCCUCCAAGCAGAUCCCACCGAGAUGGCAUCCGCUGGUGAGCCCCCUGCCAGCCCAAGGGAUGCAGCCGACCAGAACUUUGACUACAUGUUCAAACUGCUCUUGAUUGGGAAUAGCAGCGUGGGCAAGACCUCCUUCCUGUUCCGCUAUGCCGAUGAUUCCUUCACCCCUGCCUUCGUGAGCACUGUGGGCAUCGACUUCAAGGUCAAGACAGUCUACCGACAUGACAAGAGGAUCAAGCUGCAGAUUUGGGACACAGCAGGCCAGGAGCGCUACCGGACCAUAACCACAGCCUACUACCGUGGAGCCAUGGGCUUCCUGCUCAUGUAUGACAUCGCCAACCAGGAGUCCUUCACCGCUGUGCAGGACUGGGCUACACAGAUCAAGACCUACUCUUGGGACAAUGCCCAGGUCAUCCUUGUGGGGAACAAGUGUGACCUGGAAGAUGAACGGCUUGUACCUGCUGAGGAUGGCCAGAGGCUUGCUGAUGAUCUUGGUUUUGAGUUCUUUGAGGCCAGCGCCAAGGAGAAUAUCAAUGUGAAGCAAGUGUUUGAGCGCCUGGUGGACACCAUCUGUGAGAAGAUGACUGAGUCCCUGGAACCCAGCUCUAGCGUGGGCAGCAACGGAAAGGGCCCAGCUCUUGGAGAUACCCCACCCCCCCAGCCUAGCAGCUGCGGCUGUUAAGGGUGGCCCUUGACCUGCCCACACCUGCCCACACCUGCCCACUCCUGCCUUUUGAAGGACUGCAGCCAAGGUGUGAGCCACAGGGGCUGCCUCCAAGCUCAGGGCCUCCCUCCCUCCUGCCCACUUUCCCUUCUGCACAACUGCAUCUCUAAUUCUCUCCAUGUUGAUAGACCCAGGCAGUCCUGGCUACAGCCCACACCCCAGGCUCUGCUCAGCAUUGUCUAAGGGUGUGCAACACCCAUGCAGGUGCUUACUGCUUCCCAAGGCUUUUUGAUGGGGGUGGCUAUACGCAGCAUCACCUUCCAUGAGUGAUGGAAGGGACACUCCACGCCUUCUACCUUAGAACCAUUUCCCAGGGGGAUGCCCUACUGUCCAUAUUGUUGGCUAAAUGUGUCCCCUGGUGUGGGUUGCUGGACAACUUAGCCCUGGCAGCCUCUUCAGCUCAGGUCCACCAGCUUGGCCUUGAACCUGCCUGUGAACUGACUGUAGCCAAGGAUACAGGCAGGUCUGUAGUUUCUCCGUUCUGCUUCCCUGACAUCUACCUGAAAGCCUGUUUUCUGGUUAUACAAAGGACAGAGUCAGCCAUCCAUGGCAUUGGUGACUCUCCAAAGUGCCUUCCAAGCUUCUCCUGAAUCCAUGUCACUUAAUGUGGGUUAAUCUAUCCCAUCUCAUCCAGAACUAAAUUUUGGAACAAUCCAGGCUCUAUCACAUGGGGGCUGAGAAGUGCCCCACCUUUAGCACUCAGAGCCAGGGGUUGAGGCUGCCUGCCCAGGUCCCCGUCUGCCCGCCUGGCUGUGUUUUAAGCAAGAGCUUUACACAUCUUACAUCCUGUGUAGAGAAGGAAGUGGAGAAACAAGCCCACAAAGGGUGUGACUUGCUGGUCAGUUUCUGAUGACAGGAGUUGGGCUCUCCAUCUGAGGACUCUUGUAGAGACCCAGUGUCAGUGUCAUCCCAAUCAUCAGUGGCCCAGGGACACUUUGGGGUUGUGGGGAAGAUCAGGGAGAGGGCAUCAGUGGCUACACAAUGCUUUUGUUUGUACCUCAUGGGAGCAGCAGGCACUUCAGUGAAAUGGAGAUGGGCUGUGUGUUGUCAUUGAUGUCUCUACAAACUUGGGACUUAACCCCUAGGAUCCCAGUUCUCUCCAGCUAGGAGGUCCUUCCUACCCACUGACCAAACUCCCCUACACACCAUUGGAUCUCACGGCUCAGGCAACACUGCCCGAAGCCCAGAUGGUCCGUGUUGCACAUCCCUGAUUUUACAUCAGGGGUGGAAUCUAGUCCUUCAGUCCCAAAUGAUUUCUGCAGCCUUAUCAAGCCCAGUUUCUUACCGGGGCAUGCAUGAGCUAUGUGCCUGGCUUAGGCUCCAGCGUACUUCUAGCCCUGCUAUCCUUAAGGCAUCUGGAUGAAGCUGUCUUUGUACAAAUUGGAUGAAAGGGAAUGGAUAAAUCAUUUUAGCAAAGUGAGAGCAUCUGAACACUUGGAGGGAAGAGUCAAGUUUUUUUUUUUUUAUGUUGCUUUAUCAUUAAACAGUCAAGACAGCAGAGUCAACAACCUGCUGGGUGUGGUGGCAUACACUUUUAAUCCCAGCACUGGGAGGCAUAAGCAGGCCAUUUCUGAGUUCUAGGCCAGCCUGUUCUAGAGAGCAAGUUCCAGGACAGCCAGGGUUACAAAGAGAAACCCUGUCUCGAAAAGCCAAAGAGAGAGACAGACCCUGUCUGAAGCAAUUAAAAGCAAUAAAAAAUAAUAAUUCAGCAGUGUCUGGAACUGGGGCUCGGUUGCUAGUGUUUGCCUAAUGUGUCGCACAAGGUCCUGGGUUGAAGGCCCAGCACCACACAAACUAAGCAUGUGGUCCAGGGAUGCCAUCCUAGUGGAGUCAGGAGGGUCAGAUUACUAUCUAGGAUGCUAAGGCUAUCUUGGAACUAUAUGAGACUGUCUGAGAGAAGAAAAACACCUUUAAUCCUAUCAGAUUCUGUCACACGGUCCAUUGUUCCUAAGCUACUGCCCAGCAUGGUGGCAGGCCAGUUUGCCCUUAGCUGUGGUUAUUCCUGACAUUCCCUGUAACAGAAUCACCUUUGACUGGAUCUUGGGCUUGGACUCUGCUUCCCAGUGAUGUAAGAGGCUCCCUCGGUUCUAUUCAAGUAGCUGCAGAGGAAGCUGCCCUGUAGUUUUCACACAACUGGAGAUGAGGCUGGUGGGAUGGCUUGUCUGGUGAGGUCAAUUGCUGCCAACCGAGCCUGAUGACCUAAGUUAGAUCCUGGGAUCCAUGAGGUAGGAGAAUUGAUCCCUUCAAGUCAUCCUCCUACCUCACACAGGGUGUGCACACUCAUGUAGUCAAUGUAAAAGAAAAAAAAUUUAACCUGAA